AUGAUCAAACUUCCUCUUCCGCCGCCGGUAACACCGCCUAUAGCCACCGUGACCACCACUUUGCCUUCCUCAUAUAUAGAAAUGUGUCUGUUUCGACACGUAUCGAAAACCCAUUCUUCCUCUUCUUCUUCUUUCACUACUUCGACCCGUACGAUAAAUUGCAUACUACUUUUUGUUUUGAUUUUCUUGGUCUACCUUAUCGUCUCGGUUCCGGUCUCAAGGCUUCAAUCUAACGACACUAUUAAAGCCUACUUCUCAUCUUCACAAGAUCGAUCUCAAGUUAGCCUAACAAAGAUCGAUCACAUCGUUUUUGGGAUCGGCUCGAGCAAGAACUCGUGGCCUGCGCGUAGAGAAUACGUCAAGCUUUGGUGGGAUGCUCAGAGGAUGAGAGGCUGCGUCUUUGUUGAGCAGCCAUUGUCGUCGUCUGAGAACCACACAGAUACUUAUCAUCUUCCUCCGGUUUGUGUUUCCCAAGAUACUUCCAGGUUCAGGUACACUUGGAAAGGCGGUAACAGAAACGCGAUUCGAAUCGCACGGUGCGUUUUAGAAACCGUAAGGAUGUUCAACACCUCCUCCGAGGAAGUAAGGUGGUAUGUAUUUGGAGACGACGACACAAUAUUCAUUCCAGAGAACCUCGCUCGAACGCUCUCCAAAUACGACCACACAUCAUGGUAUUACAUAGGAGCAAACUCAGAGAUCUAUCACCAAAACUCGAUAUUUGGACACGACAUGGCGUUUGGCGGUGGAGGGUACGCUUUAAGCAGCUCGUUGGCUAACGUUUUAGCUAAGAACUUCGAUUCUUGUAUCGAACGUUAUCCACAUUUGUACGGAGGAGACUCCAGGAUUCAUGCUUGUGUUCUUGAGCUUGGAGUUGGAUUAACUCAUGAGCCUGGCUUCCAUCAGUUUGAUGUGAGAGGAAAUGCAUUGGGAAUAUUGACGUCACAUUCAACGAAACCGUUGGUGUCUCUACACCACAUGGCCCACAUUGACCCCAUUUUCCCAAACUCAACCACAUUCUCCGCCGUCCACCACCUCUUCUCCGCCGUAGAACUUGAUCCUCUCCGUAUAUUUCAACUCUCCGUUUGCUACGACCGGUGGUAUUCUUGGACCAUCUCUGUCUCUUGGGGCUAUACUGUUCAGAUUGAGGGUAGGCAUUUGUUUCUACCGGAUGUUUUGCGAACACAAGAAACGUUCCGGGCAUGGAAACGAUCCGGCGAGUUGUCAAGUGUGUACACAUUCAACACAAGAGAGAUUCAUCCUGAUCCUUGCCAAAGACCGGUCACUUUCUUCAUGGAACAUGUUUCUUCUACGAGAGAUGAUGGAACUAUUAAAAGUGUGUAUAAGCAAGCUUACGAGAAUUGCACGUACGAUCCCAUUUCAUCGCCUCGCAAAAUCCAAGAGAUUAGAGUGUUUUCAAGAAGAUUCGAUCCCGAUAUUAGACAAUUGAAUGCUCCCAGAAGACAGUGCUGUGAUAUUUUACCUACAUCUUCCACUGGUGGAAAUAUAAUGGAAAUCGGAAUUCGAGAGUGCAAGGAGGAUGAGUUCAUCUAUAUUCAUCCAUAGAAGCAACGAUUUUGGGAAUUAAAACGUGACUUGACUAUAUUUUGGGAAUUCCCAAGAUAUAUUCCAGCAGUCACUUUCUCCGAUUUAGAUCAAUUCGAAAACUAUGGUCUGGUCAGUGAAGCUGACAAUUCGUUAAGCUUUAGACAUACACAAUCAAGUUUUUCAACUUCCAGAGAAGGGAUAAAACCAAGCAUUCAAAGAAGCUCGCUUUGAAGAGGCCUUUUCGUUACUGCGCGAUGCUUGAUCCCUAUCCAGCUUCUCAAACACACAUAGCGCGUUUCGUGCUGCUCUCUUGGCAAGCUAUCACCGUAACAAGGUGAUUUAUGCUCAAGUCACGUUGGAUACAGUCUAGAAUGGGAGCCAAGUGGAUCUUUUUACCAAAAACGGCCUUUUGAAACGAAGGAGAAUGGUUUUGUAGUUGAUCAUACACUGACUUCUGGGCUUAUAGAUAUGAAAUUGGUGAUACAUUUGCCAGCUUCAGGUGUCAGCUCGUGAGAAUGUUGCCCAACCUGAGAACUCUGCCCAUUCAAGUAGAACAUCAAAAAGCAAGCUGCUUACCCGAGCUUCCCAAGAAGAGAAGAGUUACAAGUCAGAGCCUCAUAGCGAUGGACAAAAAUCAUCUGCUGAUUAUCAAGAUGAUCAUCUCUGGUUCAGACAACUUUUACCUUGAUGACCCUGAAUCUGAUCAUAUCUAUCGAGGAUGGAUAAGCUCAAGCAGGAACAAAAUGGUCGCAACAGAUAAAUGUGCCAUCAAAGAUAUGUGUCUCUUCUCUUUGGUUUUUUAUUUCAUUAAAACGUGAAUUAGUUUAUAAGAAACCAGAUUAGAUUUAUAUUAGUUGUAAAAACUUAACUGACAUGGUAUCCAGUCAUUCAUUUGAUCGUGAGAGAUUACAUAUGUUUAAUUUGUUUCUACAACUAAUGUAGAUCGAUCAGUUUCUUAUUAGGAAUCUAAAUGAUAAUUCUAUUAGAAAUAGUAGAACGAAACUUUGGAUCUAACCCAAACUUGUUGUUGUCUUUUAUUGUUUCAUGUUAAAGCUGAGAAAGCUAAGAGAUGCCGAGAGAAGAGAUGGAAAAACUAAGGGGAGAAGCAGAAUCUAACAAAAGCCACUUGCUUCGGGGCUUCAGGUUGCUUAUCUUCGUUAAACAAACUUGUGGCUGAGGAAGCUGCUGGAGGGCUAUGGAAUCUUUAUGUCGCAGAAGAGACUAUCGUCUUCAGGCUUAACCUUAGAUUCAAUACAGAGGAAGUUCGUGGGAAAAUAAUCGAAAAUACUCAAAACCAUAAUCACAACACACAAACACUUUAAACCAAAAACUUUAAAAUCACAAAUCAUUAUCACAAACAAACACAAAUCCCAACAUCAAAAACCAUAAUUAUCUCAAACAAAAACCUACACAACUAACACGUCACACAAACCAAAUCACAAAACACCAAAAGCGAGAUCUCAAAACCCAAACUAAUUACCCCUCCCUCUAUCUCUAUGUUUUGUAGACUAAAAAAAAAAAUGGAAUUUACUAUUCUUCAAGUAUUUUGUAAUUGUAUUUAUUUUAUGGUAUCUAUUUGAGUGGUUUCUGUUUUGCAAGUUGUAAUUUUGUUUGCAAUUUUUUGUAUUCUGUACACUCGAACUCACAUUCUUAAUGCUAUAAUCUGACAUUAAUUUAACAAA